AGCUAAAGCAAGAAAAAAAAAAAAAGAAAAUGUGUAACACAAAACCAUUUCAAGGAUGUGAAAAUGUCCUGGAAAUGUGAAACUAUUUGCUCAGAAACACACAUUCCAACAUAAAUACCAAUACAUACACAAAAACGAUUAUAUUGUUCAGCAACAGCAGUACCAGCCACCAGUACUUCAAAAUGAUUUUUACCAAGUAUUGCAAAAAUCCACGAAAAUUUCGCAUUAUUCUAUUAUUUAUGAUAGUCACCUUGAUUGUGAUAACAUUGGUGAUACUCAGCAAUGGCUUGCAACAUGUCAAUCCCGAAAGAUUAAUCGAUGAACGUUUUGUGGCCCAGGCCUAUGCCGAUGAGGCAUCUCAACAGCUGCUACUGCAGCAGCAGCAGCAAUUGCAGCGCCAACAACAGCAAUCAUCACAGAAUCGCGUAGACAAUCUGCUGCUAUUGAAAUCUCCACGAGAAAAUGGCAUUAUACAACCAGAAAAGUAUGACGAACACAAGCUAAAGUCACGCUUGAUUCAGGAGAAAAUAGAAAAUCUAAAAAGCCAACAAAAACAAAGCAAUUUAGAUCCCGAAGAGGAGCACACCAUAGCGGACUCCAUUACCAAUGCCAUACAUAUCUUUUAUACAGCACCAGUGCCAUGGUAUAAAACACGCAAGUCCGCCACUCCAUCACUGACCAAGGAAUUACUCAGUGAUGGUGUUGCUAAUACCACACAGAGCUCCACCAUACGGCCAUCGCCAAAGAUACUAAACAGUGCUUUCUAUCCCGCAUUGGGUUUGUACAAGCCCACGCAGGAUCUAUUCGAGAAGCAUUUUGAAAACAUACGCAACUGUGGAGUGGGUGUUUUGAUUUUAAGUUUGUCGGGAAAGGUGCCAAGCGAGUUGGAAGUCUAUCGCACUAUCUUCCAUAUAGCACCAAAAUUUAAUCUAUCCAUAACAUUUGAAAUAACCGUGGCCGGAAAUCAAACGUAUGCAUAUUUACAGCAACAAUUGCUGGAUGUAAGGCGAUUCUAUAACUAUCCAGGGUUCUUUAAGGUGUUCUCGCGAACACGUAAAUCCUUGACACCAGUAAUCUAUAUCAGUAAUGCCUAUAAAUUAAUGGAUACCUCAACUGCUCAGGCAUUUUGUAAAUCAUCGGACUCGUUGAGGUAUACCUUAGAUGCAUUCUUUAUUGGCCACAUAAGACUUAAAAAUCAUGCCGAUUAUAUGAAGCGGCUUUGUUUAGACGGUUUCUAUAGUAAAUUGCCAAGCAAUGGAGCCACAUUCGCCAGCACUUGGAAGAAUUGGUCUUACCUAAAAUCAUUUGCCUUAACAUACAAAAUGUUGUUUGUGCCAACAGUGGGUCCAGGAUUUGCAGAACGCAAUAAAUUUCCAAGACAUGGAGAUAUACAAAGGCAUCGCAGUAAUGGAAGGUACUAUGGUGUUGCCUGGCGAACUGCCAUACUUAAUCAUGUUGGCUUUAUCAAUGUGGCCAGCUAUAAUAAUUGGCCCGACGGCAGUCAAAUUGAGGAGGUCAUACCCAAGGCAGGCUUUCUCGACUAUAAUCCUGGCAAGAAAACCAAAUAUUUGGAUCUCACCACACAUUGGGUGAGUAAUUUCGUUAAAACACGUAAUGAAGCUGCUGCCGCAGCUGCCGAUGGUCAUCUAAGCUGUUAUGAAUUUUUGAAUAACACAAUUUGUUAAAAAAAAGCAAGGCCCAGAGUGAACCAAUCAAGUUUCAAGGUUCUGCCAGUGUUAUAUUGGAUCGCCUGGACUAUGAUGCCCUAUCAGCAGUAUGUAUAUGAUUAUAAAUCAUAAAACAAUGCCAAAUACAAAAACAACAUUACUUUAGAAUUAUAGAAAAUCAGAUUGCCAAUUACUUUUUGAACAAAGUUAUAGAAUAGAGAAAGAAAAAAAUCUCUGCGCUACAGCGGGACAAAUUUUUAAAGAAAAAAUAGGAUAACCAUUUUAUUUAAAAACCAGUAAGGAUGGGCAAAAGUCGGGCGGAGCCGACUAUAAAAUACCCUACACCUACCCUACAAUUAUAAAUUCGGGCAAUAUAUAAAUUCGUAUGUAUAUGAGAGCUAUAUCGUUUGAAAAUUGUUGUUACAACGGCCAUAUAAGUGCACAUCCGGCGAUAAAUAUGUAUGGGUGCUACGUCCAAAUUUGAACCGAUAUUGAUGAACGCAAACAGCAACAAAGCUAUCCGUGCCAAAUUUUGUGCAGAUUGGUUAAAAAUUGUAGUAACUACGGCCAUUUAAGUGCAAAUCGGGAAAUUCAUAUAUAUGGGAGCCAUAUCUUAAUCUUAACCGAUUUUGAUAAAAUCUUGCACAUAUGUUAAAAUCAGAAACAAAACAAUUCGUGCCAAAUUUUGUACAGAUCGCUUGAAAACUGUAGGUACUACGGCCAUUUAAGUAAAAAUCGGGCGAUACAUAUAUAUGGGAGUUAUAUCUAAUUCUGAACCGAUUUUGAUGAAAUUUGCACAUAUGUUAAGAUCAGUAACAAAACAAGCCAUGUCAAAUUUUGAGCAGAUCGGUUGAAAAUUGUAGUAACUAUGGUCAUUUAAAUGCAAAUCGGGCGAUAAAUAUAUAUGGGAGUUAUAUCUAAAUUGGAACCGAUUUUGAUGAAAUCUUGCACAUAUGUUAAGACCAUUAACAAAACAAGCCAUGCCAAAUUUUGUGAAGAUCGGUUGAAAACUGUAGUUACUACGGCGAUUUAAGUGCAAAUCGGGCGAUACAUAUAUAUGGGAGCUAUAUCUAAAUCUAAACCGAUUUUUACCAAAAUCAUUAGCGUCUUCAAAAAAGUGAUAUGUUGGACAACAAAUGCGACCUGCACUUUGAUAACAAGAAAACAUGGACUCACAGACGGACAUGGCUAAAUCGAAUCAGAAAGUGAUUCUGAGUCGAUCGGUAUACUUAUCAAUGGGUCUAGCUCUUCUCUUUCUUAGCGUUGCAAACAAAUGCACAAACUUUUAAUACCCUGUACCACAGUGGUGGUGUAGGGUAUAGCAAGUAAGAGCGUGCUAAGUUCGGUCGGGCCGAAUCUUAUACACCCUCCACCAUGGAUCGCAUUUGUCGCGUUCUUUGCGGGGUAUCUCUUUUUUAGGCAAAUAAAGAAUAAUGAAUAAGAACAGUUAUGCUAUUGGAACGAUAUCAAUUUAUAGUCCGCUUCGGACCAUAAAUGAAUUGAAUUCUGAACAUUGUACAAGUCAUUGUGUAAUAUUUCAGUUCAUUCGGAUAAGAAUUACGUCUUGUAGGGGCUCAAGAUGCAAAAUCGGGAGAUAUGUUUAUAUGGGAGCUGUAUCAAGCUAUAGAUCGAUUCAGGCCAUAUUGGAGACGUAUGUUGGAGGUCAUGGGAGAAGCCGUUGUACAAAAUUUCCUCCAAAUCGGAUGGGAAUUGCGCCCUCUAGAGGCUCAAGAAGUCAAGAUCCCAGAUCGGUUAAUAUGGCAGCUAUAUCAAGUUAUGUACCGAUUUGCGACAUACUUAGCACAGUUGUUGGCAGUUAUAACAAAACACCUCAUGCAAAAUGUCAGCUAAAUCAGAAGAGGAAUACGCCCUCUAGAGGCCGUUGUACAGAAUUUCCUCCAAAUCGGAUGAGAAUUGCCCCCUCUAGAGGCUCAAGAAGUCAAGAUCCCAGAUUGGUUUAUAUGACAGCUAUAUCAGUUUAAGUACCGAUUUGCGCCAUACCCAGCACAGUUAUUGGAAGUCAUAACAGAACACCUCAUGCAAAAUUUCUGCCAAAUCGGAUGAGAAUUGCGCCCUCUAGCGGCUCAAGAAGUCAAGAUCCAGAUCGGUUUAUAUGGCAGCUAUAUCAGGUUAUGUAUCGAUUUGCGCCACAGUUGUUGAAAUGAUACUAAAACACCACGUGCAAAUUACAGCCAAAUCGGAUAAGAAGAAUAAGUCAAGGCCCAAAAUCGGUUUAUAUGGCAGCUAUAUCAAGUUAUGAACCAAUUUAAACCAUACUUAGCACAGUUGUUAAGUAUGGUUCAAACACAACGUGCAAAAUGUCAAUCAAAUCGGACGAGAAUUGCGCGCUCUAGAGGCUCGAGACGUCAAGACCCAAGAUCGGUUUAUAUGGUAGCUAUAUCAAAACAUGGACCGAUUUGAACCAUACUUAGCACAGUUGUUAGAAGUGAUACCGAAACACAACGUGCAAAAUUUCAAUCAAAUCGGAAGAGAACUGCUCCCUCUAGAGGCUCAGAUGUUAGAAUCGUUUUAUUGAGGAAACAUUGUGCAUCAAACUGGCCCACUUUCGUCUUUCUCAUGAACAGGCAGAUUUUAGUCUUCUCUGGGUUAAAAUUUAGACCCUUAGGUCUAGCCUAGUCGUGUGCCAUCUGCAAGACAAUUUCGGCGCUUCUGCAUAGCUUAUUUGGAUCAUUACCUCUUAGAAAUAACAUCGUCUGCAUAGCAGACGGGUUCAAAUCACUGCUCAGCCAGCAUUCGUAAUAGGCUAUUUAUGGUGGCCGUAAAAUGUCCAUUUUGGCAUACUCUUGCCAACAUUUCGGCCGGUAUCUCACCAAUAAAUGCUUUAAUGUUGUCUUCCCAUUCAUCAAUUGAAGCGAGCUUGUCUGUAUAGAUAUUAGCUUUAACAUAGCCCCACAAAACAUAGUCUAAAGGUGUUAAAUCGCACGAUCUAAGCGCCGAGUUGACCGGUCCCAAACGUGAAAUUAAAUGUUCACCGAACUCGCCUCUCAUUUUACGCGUGCUGUGUGACAUGUGGCAUCGGCUUGUUGCAACCACAUGUCAUGCAAAUCAAGCUCUUGCAUUUUAGGCACAAAAAGUUGGAUACCAUUCACAGUUACUUUACGAUUCGCAUCAUCUUUGAAGAAGUACGGUCCAAUGAUUUCACCAGCCCAUAAACCGCACCAAUCUGUGACUUUUUCUAGAUGCAUUGGUAGCUCUAGCAAUGCUUCUGGCUCAUCUUCACUCCAAAAUCGACAAUUCUAGUUAUUUACGUACUCGUUGAGCCAAAAAUGAGCUUCGUUGUAAAACGGAAGAAGCGCGCGAUGAACUUCCUUAACAGAGCACGCACUUUGAUAAUAAAAUUCAAUACUUUGCAAGCGUUGUUCGUUUGUAAGACGAUUCAUGGCUAAAAUAUAGACCAAACUAAAGAUGUUUGACAGUGAAACAAAACACGAAACGUGCGUGAGCUGUUUAAACCAGUGUUGCCGAAAAGAUAAUAGCUAAACAAUCAUCCUUUAUUUAUAUCAUGGGACCCACAAUUUAUCCACCUGAUCCUUAGCAUAUCGUUUAUACUGGUCUGAGGAUUGGAUCAGUGUGUCGAUCCGCGCACUGUUAAACAUUCCCUCGAUGUCAAUGCAUACGGCCAAUGUGUACGUCUUGACAUCGAAGGAUUCUUCCAUUGUAUUCACAAACUCGUGCCAGGCAGUCUCCUCCGACCUUCCCUUGAUAUAGGCAUGCUGUUUGUAUCUGAGCAGAUAGCUGAAUGUCCUACUCCUUAUCUUGGUAUUCACAAUACGUUCCAAGGUUUUGAGCAGACAGGACGUAAGGCUUAUAGGUCUCUACGCCUUUGGUGUCGCAUAACCUGCCUUGCCGGGUUUGGUUAUAAUUACCACCCUUGUCUCCUUGGUAUCCACAAUACGUUCCAAGGUUUUGAGUAGAAAGGACGUAAGGCUUAUAGGUCUUUACGCCUUUGGUGUCGCAUAACCUGCCUUGCCAGGCUUGGUUAUAAUUACCACCCUUGUCUCCUGCCAGGCUUUCGGAAUAUACGUAAGUUCUAAUCAAGCUGUGGAAAUAGUGGCCAGUUGGAGUGCCAAAUAGUCAGUCUCCUUCUGUAGUAAUGACGGAAAUAUUCCAUCAGGUCCGUGUGACUUAAAAGGUUGGAAGCUCCUCAACGCUUCCUUUACCAUACAUUCCGUAAUGAUAAGCCUUCGAUCAACCUCAUUAUUCUAUGAUUCCGGUAUCUCCGUGGAAAAUGCGUUUUCAUCAAAACCUUAACAUGCUCUCCGUUAUCUCGGCUCUUACUCUCAUGUAAUUCUAUGCUGACCUAAUUCUGACUAUGUGGUAGAAAUUCUAUACCGUCAUUAGAAGAGAUGGGCGAUGGGUAAUUACCCAUAUAGAGGUAUUUACCUUUUGGGUAUGUACCCGGUAAAUUGGGUAAAUACCCGGGUAUUUACCCAUUUAUACCCAAAAGCUGGGUAUUUAUUUAUAUGAAACAAUUUUUGAUGGUUUCAUAUUUCGCACAGUUUGUUCUGGUAGACCCCUACCCAUGCCUGUCAAAUGUGGUCCAGAUUGGGCCCUAUUUGGAUAUAGCUGCCAUAUAGACCGAUCUCCCGAUAUAGAGUAUUGAGCCCAUAAAAGGAGCAUUUUUCAUCCGAUUUGGAUGAAAUUUAAAACAGUGCGUUUUGGUAACCCUUCAAGUCUUUUUGUUGAAUAUCGUCUAGAUCGGGCCAUAUUGGGAUAUAGCUGCCAUAUAGACCGAUCUCCCGAUAUAAAGAAUUGAGCCCAUAAAAGGAGCAUUUUUCAUCCGAUUUGGAUGAAAUUUAAAACAGUGCGUUUUGGUACCCGUCUAAACCUUUUUGUUGAAUAUCGUCCAGAUCGGACCAUAUUUGGAUAUAGCAGCCAUAUUGACCGAUCUCUCGAUAUUGAUUAUUGUGUAGAGUAUCUUUACUUUAAAUUUCAUCCAAAUCGUAUGAUAAAUUCUCCUUUAUCGUAGAAACCCAUCUCUAGUCAUUAGGGAUUGGUUCUGGGGUAUUCUCAUCAAAUGGUUUUGAGAGAAGUUCUCCCGUCCCAGCCAUAUAGAUUUGACUUGCUUAUCCAAAUUUUCUCUAUUUUGUCCCACUGUUAAGCGACUCAACUUAUUAAUAUAAGCAAAUUAAUCAACUAAUGAUAUCAAAAAAUUAGUUAUAUUAUUGAAAAAAAAAUCUAAUAAUUUUGUCCACAUCUUAUAUAACAAAUCUCAAAUCUCUUUCAAAAAAUACAAACAUGUAUUCAUGAUAUAAGCAGUUAAGUUAAAGUAUUACACAAUGAUAUUAUAAAAUUAAUUGUUUUCUAAAAGAAACAGAAAAGUAUUUUACAUACGCCAAACGUAUAUAUAUAUAUAUUGGUACAAUCGUUAUUCAUAUUUAUAUAGAUUUAUACAUUA